AUGGCCCUGCAUGAAAAAGAGGGAGUGACAAUCACCCGACCGGUGAAGACGGCAGAGGUCCGGGUUCACCAUCCAGUCGAAUCUUUCGAUGCUGAGGAGUUGGCGGGAGCAGCGGCCCAGAUCGAUGAAUGCGAGGGCAAGCGCGCUGCAGGUGGAUUGGAGGUGAGUUGGAGGGGGACAACUAAGCUGCUACCUGCCCGCCUCCUGCAGUGUUACCGGUGCCAUGCGCAUGGCCACGUACAGGCUGCGUGCAAGGAGGCAGUGGACCGCAGCGCCCAGUGUUACCGCUGUGGCGAGAUGGGACACACGGUGACUGGAUGCACUGGGCAACCCCACUGCCCGGUUUGUAAGGAGAGGGGGCUCGCAUCCGGUCAUAAGGCCGGAGGACCGGCUUGCCCCCUUCCAAAAAUAAAAGGAAGGUGGGGCACUCUCCCUCAUCUUUUGACGAAGGGGCACUCCUCUUCGUCUAAAGAUGAGGGUUCUAGGCCCUCCCCCGCCUCAACCCAGGCUCCUCCCCAAAAAAGGGAGAGACCAAGGAGAGAGGAGAGAAAAAGAAAGGCCGACAGGGAAGAAUUGGCCUCUCCCGUGUCGGCUGCUCCUAACGCGAUAGCUCCGAGUAAACGAAAACGUCUCCGUGUAAAGAUCGGAGGCGCUUCAGGAGGAGACGAGAUGGAGGCUGAAGUGCUGGGGAAUGUUUCCCUAUCCCAAUUCUCAUCCCCGUCCCUACCCAUACCUUUUGAGAUGGUAAGGAGCGACCCGGAGACCAUACCGGCACUGAAGGAGACAUCCGCCUCUACAGAAAAGAACGGCGAGAGGAUCGGUGAUUGGGAAGAGGAGGCCCUGAACAAAUGGGAUGAGUAG